AUGACCACGGUACAUGCGAAAGAAAGCGUCGAGGAGGAAUGCAUUGCGUUGAGAGCAGUACCCGUGAUACUAAAGAAUGGAGGGCGGAAGCUAGUCGUAAAUGCACCGCUGGACGACGCCAGUACCAAGACGUACGUAAAUAGCGAUGUCGCUGCUGAGUUGGGACUACAGGGCGAGAGUCGUAAAGUGACGGUCAACGUUCUUAAUGGCCAGGAAGAUACGUUCGAGACGCCAGUCGAGUGUGGGAUAGAGAGCUUAGAUGGUAGAAUAAGCAUUAGGAUUACUGCGUUUACAGCAAAGAGAGUCACAGGCAACAUGAAAACGGUUAAUUGGGCCAGAUACGCCAAGAACUGGACCCACCUUAAGGAUGUAAACUUCCCUUAUCUGGGGCCACGUCCGAUUGUUGAUAUCCUGAUCGAUAUUGAUUAUGCAGACCUACACUAUUCCAUCAAAGAUGUAAGAGGUAGACUAGGCGAGUUAGUGGCAAGACUGACACCUUUAGGGUGGACAUGUAUCGGGCACCCCAGUCUGUGUCUGGAACUGAAUUACCGGACAAACUUCAUACGUACUUACUCCGUGUACGAGGACUCAAUUGUUGAGUUGGGCAACGCUAUUCGAAAGUUCUGGGAGAUAGAAGACGACGGAUUACAGGCGAAGAUCAAGACACUAAAGCCAGAAGACAAAGUCGCACUUGAAGCACUUAAGAAGUCAAUAAAGUGUGAGGAUGGACGAUACGAGGUUGGAGUACCCUGGAAGGAAGAAAAGCCGUUCAUGCCAGACAACUACGAAACAGCGCUAAGGCGGUUGCAGAACACAGAGAAACAUUUUUGCAGAUAUCCAGAAAUCGGGAAGUGCUAUUCAGACGUAAUUAAUCAGUACCAAGCCAAGGGGUGUAUAAGAAAGGUUCCAGAGAUGGAUAAAAAACCCAGCGAAUCAUGGUAUUUGCCCCACUUCGCUGUCAUAAGGCCAGAUAAAGAAACAACAAAGACGAGAAUCGUGUUUGAUGCGUCCGCUAAGAGCGACGGGAUUUCUCUGAACGACGUCAUACACCAAGGACCCAAUUUGCAACGUGAACUUUUCAGUGUUUUACUACGAUUUCGCAAGAACCCCGUAGCAUUGGUGUGUGACAUCGCUGAAAUGCACCUACGAAUAAGUCUAGGACCAGAAGACAGACCCUUUCAUAGAUUCUUUUGGAGAUCGUUGGAUCAGACCAGGACGCCGGACGUGUAUGAGUUUAAUAGAGUAGUUUUUGGAGUGAAUUCGUCACCAUUCUAA